AUGAGUUACAUAUGGGGUAAAGUAUUUAGUAAACCUCGGCUGUGCUCCUCCACUAUCGCAGCAGCUCCUCUCUGCCGCCUGCUGCACGUAGGCCAGCAUGCCUCCAUCACCAAAGCGUUCUCCACCCUCGACGUCGAGCUGUUCGCCGAGCUGACGGGCGACACCAACCCCCUCCACCUGGACCCGACCUACGCCAGCACCACCUCCUUCGAGACGCCCAUCGUCCACGGUGUCCUCAUCAACGGCCUGAUCUCCGCCGUGCUCGGCACCAAGAUGCCCGGCCGUGGCUGCGUCUUCCUCUACCAGGAGCUCCGCUUCCCGGCGCCGCUCUACAUCGGCGAGGAGGUGCUCGCUGAAGCCGAAGUCCGUAAGAUCAAGAUGUCGUUCGCCUUCAUCGCCGUCACUUGCUCAGUCAAGGACAAGGUGGUGAUGGAAGGGGAGGUGAUGGUGAUGAUGCCCGAGGACCAGCAGCGAAAGGGGUGAGGAGGUGAAGAGGUCGGAGUUCAGGACCUUGACAAUAGACUGAUCAGAGGACCUGAGCUGUUGCAUCAUGAAGCUCUGUGUCAUACUCUCCAUGCUGUUAUUUUUGCUUGAUUAUUGAUCAUGUAUUUGAACUGCGACGGCGACAACGUGCUCAUGGUGAGAUCGGUUACCAGAGAGACCAGAGAGUGUCAGUCAGUUGAUAAUUUAUUGUUUAGCAUGUUUAAGCUCUCUGAUCAGCUCUGUAUUUUGUUAAACAUGUAAAAUAUUUUGUGUAGAAUAAAAACUCUGGACGACUUAUUUCUUUAACAAAG